AUGGUCUUCUUCGAAUGCGACUGUGCCUACCGCUAUGGUCGGAUCGAAGUGAAACCCCAGCAAUAUCCGCAGUGGAUGUGCACGCUGAUGCACUGGGUCAUGCCGUGUUGCGGAAUCAAUGAGCAGAAGGACUGGCCCAACAGCUGCAACCUCAAUCUCUACGAGAGUGGAGGUAUGUCAGUUGGAUGGCAUGCGGACGAUGAACAGCUCUUCCAGGGGAAGCAGCAGGACUGCCGCAUCAUCUCACUGUCACUUGGGGCCACGCGCGCCUUCGAAGUUCGAUCGAACUGGUCGGAGUUGGACGGCACUGUGCGGCUCGAGCUGGGUGACGGUGAUCUUUGCACAAUGGAGGGUCUGGUCCAAAAGCACUUCCAGCAUCGCGUGCCGCGCGAGGACAAGGCAUCUGGGCCUCGGAUAAACCUCACGUGGAGGUGGAUCGUGAGGCAUGCCGCGCACUGCCCGCACGCCCGAGGGCGACGCUGA